CAUUUACAUCAUGUCCAUUUUCAAAAUUUACAUGAUAAGGUUUCAUCAUCUUCUUUUCGUAUUGUAACGACUUGAGGUGCAUUUUUAUUGUUAUGGAAAUCCGAUAGCACCAGAAAAAUGGGAUUUUAUUCCUUCUUACGCGAUGACCGGCUUGUUGCCGCCGGUCUUAGCCUGGCCACGGUCGGCUUAUUCUUCGCGAUGCGGUCUAUUCUAGAACACUAUCGAGACGAAGCAGAGAUCAAACCGACGCCGCCAAAAACUCAAUACAUCACGCAAGAUACCGAAGAUUCACUCAAGCCAGGUACUCUCGAGAGCCUUCUUGGCCACUAUAACUUCGCGAUAAGAGAUACCGCGUUGAAAAUUAUCGCCGGUCGAGCCGUCAACGAUGGUCCUACCAUUUACCACCUUCUGUGGGGCAUUACUCGCAAGGACUAUGAGGAACGUAUGGAAGCUUUAAGAGCACUUGCUUUCGCCAUGGAAGAUAAGGAUACAUUUCAAGAACCACUAAGCGCGCUGAACAUACCGAAAGCCUACAGUGCCCUCGUUAGAUCGCUCGAACUGUGCAUUGACGACGUAACGCAUGAGAAGCUCGACGAUCCCCUGUACGAUGAAUAUUACCUUCGAGAUAUUGGCGAGAGGCGCUGUCUUUUGCUCGUCUCCCAGCUAAUUCAUAGAUAUCCUGGCAAUGCUAUCGAUAAACUGAUUGAGAACGGCUUCAUCGAGAGGUGGCUAGCACGACAACCAUGGGGCGACAGAGAGGACGAGAGAAAGAACAACUUUAUGAUGUAUCUGGAUCGAAGAAAGAACCGAAUUGCCGAUAUAUGUUUUCACCUCAAGACGACUAAGGCAGGCCGGAAAGCCUUGGUCAAAGCGAAACUCACUAAUAAAGUAAAGCGGACAAUGGCGCCUGUUAGGGUUGUGCUAGAAGUUAGCAUGACUAAUGAGGAUGGCAAUGAUGGGGCAUCAGGGGCUGAUCUCGUCCCUCGGGUGAACGAGCAGAGUGCUGAAGAACAGCGUCUACGUAGAAGACACCGAGAAGCUAUGGUCUUGAAUGACGGGACGCAUUCACUUGGGCGGGGUGAUAUCAUCGAACGGGAACAUGAUUCCAACGCUUGAAGAUAGUCUAAUCAUUAUUGCUGGAUUGCAAUACUUUGAGACUAAGGUGUCAAAAAGUCAUCAGAUUUCUCGGAUUCGAUAUGAAGGCUUACGUUACGUGCUAUGCGACAUGAGGGUUCUACCAAUUUCGCGGGAUAUUCACUAGAGUAUUCAUACUACGUUUGGUGUAAGUCGCUAGCUGGAUACUUCGAAUGGUGGCAAUUAGGGUGUUUAUGGGGGUCAUUGACAUACUACAUUGACGCCCCUACUUUGCAUACGUAGCUUUUACCAACUUAUGCCACGCCCUCUCCGCUAGCUUUGAGAGAUGAAAACGGGUUGACACGAAUCUUUGUCCCCUCAGUCGUCUAUGAAGCCAAGUAAUAAAAAGACAUCGCCAAUGAUUGUGCCUUGCUUUUGUUCUAUGAUAUUUAUGAUCAGGUAGUCUGUUGUAUCCUUAUGUACACUUUUGUGAAAGAUUGAUGCCGGAUGAUGUAAAUUUAUUUACUUCUUAUCUACCUAGGUACCUAUGUAGGUAGCUUCGGAGGCUAAAAUAUUGUACCC